AUGACUUGUGCUCCAUACAAGUCAACUUGACUCCAGUGCCAGACCGAUGACAUUUGCUGUGCAGCCUUAAGGGUGGUAAGGGGGUAUAGAUCAUGUUUCACGGACCGGGCAAAAUGGCUUUUUCACGUUUCACGGACCGAAAAAUGGCCUUUUAAGCCGUUAAACCACGUUUCACGGACGUUGAAAUGGACGCUUUCACGUUUCUCGACAGUGAAAAAUGGCCAAAUCUUGUUUUACGAAAAUACCCUUUACCACCCUGAGCCUUGUGCAGCCUGUUUUAAGGACGUGACAAACUGAUAAUAACUAGAGAUUAAGGCAACAAAAAAUUGAAGGGAACAUCGUUUUAAGGCUGUCUUUCAAAGUGAAUAUGACUUACCCCUUUUCCCAACUGACUUCGGUCAGCCUGUGGUCUACAUGAGCCUAUGAUUGUUCAGCGGUUCCACCACGUGCAGCAAACAACAUGGUGUUGAAGAAAGUUGAUAAUCGUCUGCGAAUAUUGAUUGAAAAUGGCGUUCAGACUCGACAUAGAUCGCUUUUUGUGGUCGUGGGCGAUAAAGGCAGAGAUCAGGUGGUGAUUCUCCAUCAUAUGCUGUCCAAGGCAGCCGUCAAGGCCAGGCCUUCAGUACUAUGGUGCUACAAGAAAGAGCUGGGCUUCAGCAGCCACCGCAAGAAGAGGAUGAAACAACUGCAGAAAAAGAUCAAAAGUGGCACCCUAGACAUGAACAAAGAUGAUCCGUUUGAGCUUUUUGUUUCAUCAACAAAUAUUCGCUACUGUUACUACAAGGAGACGCACAAGAUUCUUGGAAAUACUUAUGGCAUGUGCGUCCUUCAGGAUUUUGAGGCGCUGACACCUAACCUGCUUGCCCGCACAGUAGAGACUGUAGAAGGAGGAGGAAUUGUUGUUAUCUUACUGAGGACAAUGUCCUCUUUGAAACAGCUUUACACAAUGAGCAUGGACGUCCAUGCUCGCUAUCGGACAGAGUCCCACCAGGAUGUUGUAGGCCGAUUCAAUGAGAGGUUUAUUCUGUCCCUGUCAUCAUGCAAAUCAUGUAUGGUGAUUGAUGACCAACUGAACAUCCUCCCCCUGACCUCGCAUUCUCUGAACAUCAAAGCAGUUCCACCCAAGCCUAAGGAGGAAUCCUUGACGCCUAGUGAGGUUGAGUUGAAGGAGUUAAAGGAUUCUCUACAAGACACGCAACCUGUCGGGUCACUCAUUAACUGCUGCCGAACUCUUGAUCAGGCUAAGGCGCUGUUAAAGUUCAUUGAGGCAAUUUCUGAGAAAACUCUUAGGACGACUGUGUCAUUAACGGCAGCUAGAGGGCGGGGCAAGUCAGCAGCAAUUGGACUAGCUCUUGCCUCUGCCGUCGCUUUUGGGUAUUCCAACAUGUUUGUCACAUCUCCAAGUCCAGAGAAUCUCCAUACCUUGUUUGAGUUUGUUUUCAAAGGCUUUGAUGCAUUAGACUAUCAGGAACACAUAGAUUAUGAGCUUGUCCAGUCCACAAAUCCUGAAUUCAAUAAGGCUGUUGUCCGCAUCAACAUAUUCAGAGAUCAUCGCCAGACAAUACAGUACAUCCAUCCAUCUGACGCUCAUAAGCUUGGUCAAGCCGAAUUGCUGUGUAUUGAUGAAGCAGCUGCCAUUCCACUCCCUCUUGUUAAGAAUCUACUUGGUCCCUAUCUUGUGUUCAUGUCUUCAACCAUAAAUGGGUAUGAGGGCACUGGCAGAUCUCUGUCUCUCAAGCUUCUCCAGCAGCUAAGACAGCAAAGUGUUCCUCAAGGGGUUACCUCCACCAAGACAGCGGAAGCUAGUGGUGCUACGACGGCAGUAAUGGGGAGGAUGCUAAGUGAGGUGACUCUAGAAGAGUCCAUACGUUAUGCGCCAGGUGAUGCUGUUGAGAAGUGGCUCAACAAGCUGCUGUGUCUUGAUGCGACAGUCACACAGAACAUUACUGGUGGCUGUCCUUUGCCAGAAAGCUGUGAGCUAUAUUAUGUAAAUAGAGAUACACUGUUCUCUUACCACAAAGCCUCAGAGGUGUUUUUGCAAAGGUUGAUGGCCCUUUAUGUAGCCUCACACUACAAGAACACCCCUGAUGAUCUCCAACUGUUGUCUGACGCCCCUGCUCAUCAUAUCUUUUGCUUGCUGGGUCCUGUAGACCCUUCUAGCCCUUCUCUUCCUGAAGUGUACUGUGUGUUACAGGUAUGUUUGGAGGGCGACAUAUCCAAGUCUACUAUAAUGAGCAGUCUAUCUCGUGGCAAGCGUGCAUCAGGGGACCUGAUCCCAUGGACUGUAUCACAACAGUUCAAUGACCAUGAAUUUGCCAGUCUGUCUGGAGGACGUGUUGUUCGCAUUGCCACACAUCCUGAUGUCCAAGGAAUGGGAUAUGGCCGGAAAGCCUUGAGCUCACUAGUUCAGUACUAUGAAGGAAAGAUUCCAAACUUGUCUGAGAAUGGCCAGACAGAAACCUCACAUUUGGGUAUCCCUACUGAAAGCGAGGCAGAUAACCUUCUAGCAGAAUCCAUUACCCCACGUGCGAACUUACCCCCCCUGUUACUGAAGCUGGGUGAGCGUCCUGCUGAGAGACUUGACUACUUGGGCGUGUCCUAUGGCCUUACUGCACAGCUCUUGAGGUUCUGGAAGAGAAGUUGCUUUGUCCCAGUCUACCUCCGUCAAACUGCUAAUGAUUUGACUGGAGAGCAUUCUUGCAUCAUGCUGCGCAUUCUUGGAGAGAUAGAUGCUGAGCAGAGUGAUGACUGGCUGAAAGCCUACACAGUAGAUUUCCGCCGCCGGUUCUUGUCCUUAUUGUCAUUCCAAUUCAGAAGUUUUCCUGCUUCUCUUGGUCUGAGUAUACUGCAAGACAAGAGCCUUAAAGACCACAAUCAAGUGUUAAGUCGUGCUGAACUUGAUUUUACACUGACAAACUAUGAUAUGAAAAGAUUGGACAUGUAUUCACGCAACAUGGUGGAUCACCACCUCAUUAUGGAUCUCGUUCCUGCAGUGGCUCGGUUUUAUUUUCUCCGUAAGCUGGACAUCUCUUUAUCGGCUAUUCAGUCUGCCAUACUUCUUGGUGUUGGUCUCCAACACAAGACAUUUGACCAGCUAGAGAAAGAGCUUGAGCUGCCUGUUGGUCAGUUAUUGGGCCUGUUUAAUAGGAUCACUCGGAAAGUUGUGCAGCACCUUAACUCUGUUGUUGAGGCAGCCAUUGAAGGAGAGAUAGUUAAGCAGAAGGAUGUCCACAUGGAACCACUGGCCAAGUCACUUAACCAAGACCUGGAAGAAGCAGCCAAGGAAAUGGAAGUUAAGCAAAAGAAAGAGCUUGAAAAGCUGAAACUUGUAGAUUUUAGCGAGUAUGCCAUUUCUGGCAAAGAAGAUGACUGGCAAGAAGCCCUGAGUGGGAAAGGCACACACAACUUAGUCAGCAUACCAAGCAGCAAGCGCAAGUCAUUGCCAACAUCUGACUCUGGACAGCAAAAGAAGCACAAGAAAAGCAAGAAACACAGACAUUCCACAAAAUGAUGUGAGCCUUGACUACCAGAUAUUGAGUGAUAAGACAACCAGACAUUGUUGUCCGGUCAUAGGAAGAUCCAGAAACUAGGUUCAAAGAUCGUUUAAGUCUUUUUACUCUGUCAUAAGAUCAUUGCGCAGCUCCCCAUCAAAUCUCUCGGCCACCCUUUUGUAGAAAUGGAAGUGAGCGGUAAGGGUAUGGUUUGGCCCUUAAGUCUUGUUUAUGUAUCUGUAUCAUAUCAGUAUUUCGAGGCCCACUACCGCCCUGAAAUAAAAAUCCAGAAAUAUUGUAAUGAAAAUAAAGAUAUUAUUUACAAAUGA